CUUUGCGGGCGGGAUGUCACGUUUCAUUGGCGAAACGUAUACAGUUGAAAAGAGCGGUGGUAAAUGUGAAAUCGGCGGAUAAUGCGUGUUUUGGAUGGGCUAUGACUGCUGCACUUUAUCCAGCAGAAAAAAACAGCGAUCGCACAUCCUCUUACCCGCAUUAUUCAACGAUAUUCAACUUCCAAGGCAUCAACUUCCCUAUGACGUUGGACCAGAUUGGGAAAUUUGAGAAGAUGAAUAAUCUCUCAAUCAAUGUCUAUAGCGAGAAGGAGGAAGUCAUUCUACCAGUCCGCGUGAGCAAGGAGAAGAAAGAGCGACACUUCAACUUGCUUUACAUCGAAGACGUGUCGGGAUGUGGAAUUGGACACUUCGCGUGGAUCAAGAAUUUAUCCCGGCUCGUCAACUCACAGCUCAAUUCUGAUGGGCACAAGAAAUACAUCUGUGAUCGAUGCCUUCAUUACUUCCCAACCAUUGAUAAGCUGCAGUUCCAUGAGGUGGAUUGUGGCGUUAUCAACGAUUGUGCCGUUCGACUACCAGCUGAGAACGACAAAUGGUUGGAGUUUACCAAUGCCAAUCGGAAGGAGCGUCUCCCGUUCGUGGUAUACGCCGACCUCGAAUGCAUCUUGGAGAAGACCAGCGCUGAAGAAAGGGAGAAAAAUAAGAGCCAACAUCAUCGCGUCUUCAGCGUUGGAUAUUAUGUAAAGUGCUCCUACGAUGAUUCGCUUUCGGGAUACCACGAACGCCGAGGUGAGGACUGCGUGGAAUGGUUCGUAGAAGAACUUAAACAAUUAGCUUUGCGCGUAGAAAAGAUUCUUCUUACGAACGUACCGAUGAAAGAAUUGUCUCCUGAGACAAGACCUGACAAGACGGAAAUCGAAGAAUUUUUAGAGGACAUAUGGUCACGGAGAAAAUCACCACCCCAUAAUAUUCUCGGAUCGAUCAAUAACACUCUGGCUCAUGAAUACAAAGGCAUCAAAAUCAUCGACGAGGACGGAAUCAACAAUUUUGAGGAGCUCCAGGUUAUUUGUUUUAAAGAGCAAGGCAGAAAUCGACGUUUGACAGCGUUCCAUCGAACCAUCAAGUUGCUUACAACCAAGAAAAUUGCUCAGGGAGCACUCAUCAGAAUAAAACAAUCACCAUCUCGUAAUUAUGGCAACAGUUCACAAAUUCCGGUUAUUAAAAUUUCCAAAAUUACUACACUUAGCAGUAUGACCCACAAGAACUCGUACGGUUUACCACAAGAUGGGCAUAACCUGCUUAUGUCCAGCUGGGAAAUAAUUCAAGAUUCGACAACUGCGAGUAAUAUUAAAGAACGUAGCAACGAUACAACUCAUCAGCAAGUAUCCAAUGGAAAUCCAACGACAUCAACGUCACCUCUAGCAGAAGUCAUGAAAAAACGCAUCGAAAUAAAACCUGAAGCACCCAUGGUGCCUGAAGUGCAUUCCAUUGAAAAAAGUUCAAAGAAGAAACGAAAAGAAAGUCUCGAAAGCUCUCAUCACUUCAAUAAUAAGUUUGAGAACCUUCAGAUCGUGUGGGCACAUGGUGCACCGAUGUUCAAUCCAAACGUGUUCCCCUCGGCGAUCGUAUCACACUGCGAAAAUUUACCAUAG